CAGUAGUGUGUUACCCUCAUCCUUCCAGAGGAGCGCAGCACACUUUAGAGUCAAGCGUGUGCCCGUGGAGGGGUCUAUCUCUCUCUCUCUCUGUCUUCAUCGUUCGCCACGGACAUCGCACUGAGAAAGGCGAGAGGACAAAAGCACCGGCGCUCGGUCCAGCGAGCACCCCGCCCAAGCGGUGCGCCGACGAGCAGCCUCUCCACGGGGCAGUGGGGCCGGGGGAGAGAGCCGGGGCCGCCGCCUGCCAGAUUUCCAGCUUUGCAACAAUAUACUUGCACUUACCUUUGAUUUAUUUCUGCACUUCCAUGGUACAUUUCAGUGUCACUGACUUUGGUGUUGCGAAUCAGCUUUAACACGUCCUUGAAGUCCAAAAGAGUUGGUGGCACAGUGGUGCAGCUUCAUUCCUGACCACAGCAGGUAAUCAAGAAAUUGAUCUGACUUUGCAGAGAACAUUUACAACUCAACUGGAACUGGCUCACCUCUCUGGUUUGUUUGCAGGUCUUUGAAAUAAAUUUUCUGCCUUGUGAUGAUGGAUAGAACAAACGCUGCACUGCGGAAGCGAAAUCAGUGCAAUAAUCAGAAUGAAUCGGACAUUGAAGAAAAUAGGUUGCGGCUUCAAAAAACACUGGUGAAGGACAAAUGUUGCCAGACAGACAUCCACUACUAUGGCUGCUGUGGACCAGCUUAUGUACAGGAACUAGGUGACCCUCCUUUGUUACAACAACAGCUUUCGACUUCAAAAUCAGGAAUUCAGCAAAUCAUUGAGUGUUUCCGUACAGGAACCACACAAUUGAAGCACAUUCUACUGAAAGAAGUGGACACUAUCUUUGAGUGCAAGUUAUGUCGAAGCCUGUUCAGAGGUUUGCCCAAUCUGAUUACACAUAAAGAGUUUUACUGCUUCCAAAGUCAGAAGAUGAAUGAACAUUUUCCAGAUUCAAGUAAUAAGCAGAACCAAACUAUACGGGAGCUCUUGGAAGCAAUCUAUCCUCGGGCAGAUAACCAAGAAUUCAUCAUUAAACUGGAACCCAUAGAAACGAAUAAGAAUGCAGUGUACCAGCAUGUAACCAGAGUCGAUGAUCCAACCUUCAGCAUUGAGACCUACAGUACGCAAAGCCCAAGCCCCGUGCUGGUGCAGGAGCCAGAAGUGGAGCAGGUGGUGCCAGUGGAGGAGUUGGGCCUUGUCACUUCAGUUCCUGCGGAGGCUGUCAAGAAAAAAGGAGCAGCCCAACAACUGGAAGAAAGUCCCGGGUCCCUCGACGUCAAGACAGAGGUCUCCGACACGUCCAGUCUCCCGCCCCACUUGAUCUGCUGCCUUUGCGGGAAGACGUUCAACUCCCGGCGCAGUGUACGGCGGCACAUCAGGAAGGUGCACAAGAAGAAGAUGGAAGAGCUGAAGAAGUACAUUGGAACGAAGAACAGCUGGGGCUGCCAGUCCCUGCCCACCACCAGGGGUUGGUCAAGGACCAUUGGGAUGGUUACAGCCAACACCAAGUGCCCAGUUUGCAACAAGUUCUUUGCUUCGAAGGCCAACGUGCGCAGGCACUUUGACGAGGUGCACAGAGGCCUGCGGAGGGACUGCAUUACCCCUGACGUAGCCACCAAACCGGGGCAGCCGCUGAGCCUGGAAGAGUCGCCCUCCGAGCAACUGGCGGCUCCUGCGGCCCGCAAGCGCAAGUCUUCCUCCAGAGCCGAGUACAACCUGACGGCGUGCAAGUGCCUUCUGUGCAAGAGGAAGUACAGCUCGCAGGUCAUGCUGAAGCGCCACAUGCUGACGGUGCACAAGAUCAACCUGGGUGAGAGCCCGUCCAAGGCGGCAGAGCAGCCCGCCGCAGCGGCGCGUGUUGUGGAGGCGGUUGCAGUCAGCACGGAAUAUGCGGGCAGUGCAGAGGCCUCGCCUCCCGCCGUCAGGCCUUGGCCUCAAGGCGAGCCCAAGAACACGGGCCAAGCGGCCGAGAAGAAUUGCACCCCGGUUGUGAAGCACAAAGUGAAGCAGGAGAACGACAGCCCGAGGGCUUCGAGUCCGGGCGUUGCAAGUGCCCAGGCCAAGCCCAAGAAGCCCAAGCUUUCAAUGGGCUUCGACUUCAAGCAGCUUUACUGCAAGCUCUGCAAGCGCCAGUUCACCUCCAAGCAGAACCUGACGAAGCACAUCAAGAUGCACACCGACGGCAAUAACAUCUACGUCAAGUUCUACAAGUGCCCCCUGUGUGUCUACGAGACCCGUCGCAAGAGGGAUGUGGUCAGGCACGUCACGGUGGUGCACAAGAAGUCAACCCGUUACCUGGGCAAGAUCAUCGCCAAUCUGGAGAGCCGGGCGGUGAAGAAGCCGAUUGAGUUUGUCCUGAACAGAGUGCCAAAGAGAGGUCCCCAGAGGGACGAAGCUCGGCUCGCCAUCAAGAAUGACGGCGCUUCCACCUCCCCAGUCUCGUGUGGGGCAUCUGGCAGGAGAGCUGACGGAGCAGAGCCUGGCACAGAAGUAAAAUUCACCAAACAUUUCUCCCUUCACAAGUGCACUAACUGUGGAAAAGCGUUUGCCAAAAAGACCUACCUGGAGCAUCACAAAAAGACGCACAAAACCUCUACGGUGACAUCAGGAGAAAAUAAAAAUGUUGGCCGCAGCACUCGAUCCAAGGCCCUCCUGUCCGAUGCUUCCAGAUGAUAUGCCAAUAAUUCAACUUCGUGGGAUCCCUGUAGUUUGAAGACUGAAUUUGUUGCUUGAGCCCCUGAGAGUCAGUUUGAAUAAAUAUCAGGCUGCAAAAAAAGAAGCCAGACUAUCAUCUACCUGAAACUAGGAGCAAUUCUGGACAAUUGAAAUGAGAUGAUAAUGGCAUUUGAAUUACCAGGGCUCUUUUUUCAGGUGGUACAAGAUUCCAUGCUGUGCAGCCAAGCUAACAGAAAUAUUUAGUACUGCACUGGCUUUGAAUACCAAAUACCUUUACAACACCUGAGCAGAUAUAUGAUUUUCACUCCAGUGUGUAAAUUAUAUAAAAAACCUACAAGAGCUGUGCAGAAAUUACUUCAAUGUUAUUAAAAAUCACGACACGGUGCAAGUCUACUACCAGAAUGUUGUGCGUUUUAUAUGAGUUGCUGGUGAAUCUUCUAAGUCAGAACAAUGUUACUUUGACCAGGAAGGAACAGUACAUCAGGCAAUUCAUGCUGAGUUCUGCAAAUUCAUACUGUAUCCAAACCAUCAUGUCCCUUUAAGAGUGCAAAUGCUCAUUGCUGUUCACUCUUGCAGCCAGUUAGAGGACAGAGCAGCCAGUAGGAAAUGAUUUUUUUCUCUCUCUUUUAUAUAAAUAAAUUAUGCACAUGAGGGUCGCAUCUAAAACCUUUGCAUAUUUAUAAAGGGAUCCUAAGAUGCUUAACUGCUCCAUGUUUAUAGCAGAUAAUAGAAACUGUAAAAGAUUUAUACCUUGAAAAAUUGGUCAUUAAUAUUGUAUAAUGUUUGUCUUUUAACACUGAUGUUUUGAUGAUCACACACACACAAAUGAAAUGAGAGAUUUUGUUUUAAAUACCCAAGACUUUCUGUGUGCAUUUUAAAUUGAGAAGUCAAUUUAGAUUCACUAAACUAUUUGCAUUUAUAUGUCAAGUAUAUUCAGCUCAAGUAGAAUUUAAUUUGGGGAUAUCCUCAGAAAACAAAAAAGGAUGUUCAUUUUCGAAAGGACUUGAGCAGAAUCGGCAAACACAGCAACACCAUUUGCUACCCUCGAGCAUAUAAAAUAUGUUAGCCUUCACUGCUGAAAAUUGUGUGUAAUCAGCUAUAUUGGCCAAGUAACUGUUUUCCUUACAAGUUGCCUAGUUGUAUGAUUAUUGGUUCAAAAUUAUAUUGACAAAAAUAACCAACAAAACCAUGGUUUGCUGAUAUUGAGCCUUGUAAUAUGGUAACUAACACUUCUUGGCAAGACUAGCAAUUGGUUUCUUCUGAAUUCAGCCCAUUUGUUUCCUGGCAAUUUUUGUUUUUUAGGUUGAUCAGUUUGACUGAUGGGAACAGAAGCUUUUGUUGUCAGCAUUCUUUCAAUGCAAUUUGACAAGACAGCUGUCUGCUUUCUGUGAAUCAAAGGAAAUCUGCUAAAGUAUUGGAAACAAUGAACUCUGCAGAGCAUGACAGAAGCUCAUAAAAAUAUAUUAACAGUUUUAUUUCUGGAGAUCCUGAGUUUAUUAAUUUCUGGAAAAAAAACUACUGUUUUUGUAAGAUCCAGAAUCAGAAGAAUUGUUUCAGGAAUGCUCUGUUACUCUGUAAGGGAACUUAUUUUUGCAUUUUCAUUAUUGAGUAAUGUUGCUCUUAGACACUUGAAAUAAAAUGGGCUGAAUUGUCCCUCGGAGUCUGCUUGAAAGUCAGCUGCACAGGUGUGCUGUGCAACAGUUAUGCCUUCCUAUUGAUGCAGCUGUGUAAUGUGACUCGCUUAUGAAGUCAGUCAAAUUGAUUUCUGUCAGCUCUGUGAGGCAGUGUCUGGUCUAAAGUUUCCAGGUGCUGCUUUUUUUUUUAAACACAAUUUUUAAUAUUAUCAUAACUGCUAUCAUGAACUUAGGUUCCCCAGAUGGAAUAAUACAGAGCCAAUAUUAACUUGGAUCAGCCUAUGGAGACACCAAUUGCUAAUCUUCACCACUGAAAUUAAAAAUGGGGUGAGAUUCCAUGUAUUAACAGAACAGAAACUACAGUGCUUAUUGUGUUAAAGAUAUGGCAUCAAUUUCAGUAUGGAAUACUGGUCCACGACCCAAAAGUGGAAGUAUGCUCCUCAGACCAAAUGUUUGCAUCUGUUCAUUCUUAUUGACUUUAUUGACAUUCUUGACUUGUUUGUUGACUGUAAUUAUUUCUUUUUGGUUGAAGUACAUUCUGCAAGAACUGCUAAUGCUGUGUUAUAUUUUCCCGGUCAAUAUUGAGCACAUGGCUGAGAAUUUUGUACUAAGGCUUAGAAUUUUUUUUCAAUGAGUUUAGUAAUUCUAUAGUCAUGAUCUGGUCAUACCAGGUUGCGGUAGUGACGACAUAGAUACUUUCUGAAGUGAAGCACAAAAGCACUUGCACCACCUAAAUACAGUAGUUGAUAAGCAUAGAGAAUCUGACAGCAAAAUUCCCCAUCUCAGCCGAUGUAUAGGGACACUAGCCAAUCACCAAUUUAAACUAUGUGCACUAAUACUGUAGUCAGCAAAACAGUGUUUAAAGAAAGCAGAUUGCAUUCACCUGUGUUGCAUGUUGCCACAAAGAAAGCACUAAACUGAUUCAUGUAAAAGGAAAUUUGCUGAUAGUUAAGGGAUAAAGUUAAUAAAUUUGUCCUUUGUAGUUAUAAAUAGGUGAAUGGCAGCGAUCAUUUCCUGGUUCUAUGAAUAUUAACUACUUUGCAAUACACAUUGGUGACUAAUCAUUCUUCAUCUAUAAUUUUAAACAUCCCAUCUAGCACUAUAAUUGCCACAUGCACAUUGACAAAAUCUAACCAUUUCAUUAGGGAAGGAGUUCUGCCAUCCUGACCAGGCCUGUGUCUGACGCCCGUCACCGUUUGGUGGUUGGUUCUUCACUGCUCUCUAAGUGACUUAGCAAACCACUCACUUCAGGGGAAAUUUGCAGUGGGCAAUUGAUUGUUGGCCUUGCCAGCAAUACCCACAAUCUGUGAAUGAAUAAAAAAAGUUUAUCUUACACAUAUAAUUUUGAGAAAAUUAGCUAUGUUAAGAGAAUCAUUUAUAGAUAAUUUAAAUUCACUUUCACUACCAAGAGCAAAAAUUGCAUCCCACCCUCCCCCCCCCCAGCAUUUUUUAACAUGGAGCAUUUUCUUUCUUUGGGAUUCUCUCUUUUACUUUCGACUUUGAGUUAUACUGGCUACUGACAAAACCAGUAUAAUAGAUGUGCAUAGCCUAGAUACAGAGGGAAGGUCACAAUUGUGUCCUGAUUGGUGCUCAGUUCCCUAACCCUAUCUGAGGCUUGUUAUUGAGAAGGUACAGUUGGCUUCAGCACUUUGUUUUGUGGAGUGGAUAAGUUGGACCCGGUCCCUUUCAAAACUGUGAACACUGGGUUGAGUAUAAGAUCAGGGUUAGCUGUGUGAGUUCAACACACUCUGAGCUUGUUGCUACUUUGUGUCAGGACUCUUGUGAAUAAUGGUUGUAAGAAUGUGGCAAUGCACAUUGCUUCCUCCAGCGAGGGUCAAUAGAUGUUUUGGGAAAUGUAGACAGAAAAUGAUAACACAAAAAAAAAGAACAAAAUAUAUGUUCUAUAUUUCUAUAUUCCUUCCAAAAGUUAGGAAAAAAAUUAUUAGUUUAUGUAAACUUUGUUCUGUCAGAAAAAUCACCCAUUUAAUACAUUCUUUUCUGUAAUGCCCAUAGUGUUCCAAUUAAAGAUUAUUUCUGCUGUUGUUACAAUAAAGGUUACACAGCCAAUGUAUGAGUAAUCCUGCUAUUGUAAGCUAGUAUCUAGAGUGCCAAAGUAUUACUAGCACAUCUCUGCAGAGAAUAGAGAGACCGAUAUAAUGAAGAAGAAAUUAGUAAACUGCUUUAACUUUUUUUCCGGGGCUAAAGAAUAAAUGUCAUGUCUGCUUUAGGGCACAAUUGAUAUCAGUUCAUUCAAGAGCUUAUGUUAAGUUCUUUGAUUUCUAGGGAGGUAAAUCAGUCUGUUGAAGCAAGAUGGAGUUGUCAAAGAAUGCAGUUGCUUGGGUUGUUGGAACAGCAAAUCUUUGCUCCAGUAAUGAUGGUUAUCAACUCUCAGCACUGUUCUUUAGAAGGAAACUUCCUCAUUUUUUGUUAUCGCAGCGGGAAAGGAUCAAAUUGGGUUGAUUGGGAAGUGGGGAGGCAUUGGGAUAGAAUUGUUUCUUUAAAAAAAUGGGAGUAAGAAAAUCAUUUUACAGAAGUCUAAAGUAUUCAAUUAUCUUUGAUUGAAAAGAGACAUUUAAUCUUAUUGUGUGCAAUUGUCUAUGUUUCUUUUGUUCUUUUAGAAAAUCCCAAACCAUUCUUCUGUACAAGUCUGUAUGUGUAUAUAUAUACAUGAAGGAAUGUGUUUUUUGUUGUUCUGGAUGCUAUUUGCUGCUUUAGGUAAACUGAAUGUAGACAAGACUUUUGUUUCUAGAGUGAAAUGUAGGAACAAAGGAUACUGAAGAAGAUUAAAGAAACUACGUGGUUGCAGGAAAUAGAAUAGUUUAUAUCAGUCAGUCAGAAAAAUCAAAUACCAUCUCUGACUUAAUCCAGGAAUGAUCUUAUUUUAUAAUAACAUCUUUUAACAGUUCAUUCUGAAAGUUGUUCAGAAUAAGAAAAUUGCCGAAAAAUUCCUCUGGGUGGCAGUGACUAGCAAUAGAUUAUUGUACUGGCAACCACAAUAUAACAAUAAAUAAAAUCAUUCAAACUGGAAUUUAAUGUGAUGUUCAUCUUUGUUAUAAAUCACAGAAGGUGCAGUGCUUUUUCAA